UACAUUCAUCAUGCUUUGUUCAUUUCUUAUACCCCGAUGAGGACAUAGGUUGCUCGAUCGUUCAUUCCUAUGAUGUGAUCUUCAUGCAUGAGUGAUUGUGAUUGGUGAGUCGUCGGGGAAUGUUGUGUGUUGGUUUGUGAAUAAUGUGAGAACUCUUCUUUUGCACAAUCUUAAUAUAGUUGAAUAUCGUUUAUGGUGGCUGCCAUGAUUACUUUGUUUAUGACAUGCCCCAAAAUUUUGGUUGAGAAAAGAAGUUGUAAGCUUACCUCGUGUUGUACUUGUUUUGCUUGGGGACAAGCAAAUGUUCAAGUGUGGAGGAGAGAUUCGGGUCCAAAUGUACACAUUUUCCCCCACAUUUCUUAUCCGUUAUGCUUAAUAGAUCACCGUUCCUCGACCUAUUUUACACUAGGUUGUGCUUGUUUUGUUACAUUUCAGGUCCUAGCAUGUGAGAAGGUCGGGGACGAGUUUCAGGUCAUUCGGAGGUCAAAACGAGCCAAAAAGUGUAGGCUGAGCCCUGUUCACGGGCUGGAGCUUCAGUUCACGGUCUCUAAGGCCGUGAACUGAAAGUCCUGACCCUGAAGUGACCAAUUUGCAGAACGGUUUUGCAAGUUACUAGGCUCAAGUCAGUUCACGGUCUAAGACCGUGAACUGAGGUCCCCGACUGUGAAAUGGGCCAUGUUGGGCAAAUUUAAAGACAACAGUGGGGGAGAGAGAAAGGGGAGCUGCUUUUUGGAGAGGAAUUAGUUUCUUUCUCUAGGGUUUCGACCCAAAACACCAAAGGGAGUUCUAUAGAGAGAGAGAGAGAGAGAGAGAGAGAGAGAGAGAGAGUGAGUGAGUUCUUGAGUGAUCUUGGAGCUUAAUUGAAGGCAUUGAUCAAGCUUGGAAGCAAGGAAUCAAGCAUAGAAGAAGAAGAUCUUGUGCUUUGUUUGUAAUUUCUCUCUUUUCUCUCUAGAAACUCACCCUCUCCUCUUGUGUUUAAUAACUCUAGGUCUAGAUUUUGUUUGGGUGUUGUUGUAUGUGACGAAUUUCAUGUUUGAUUAGGUUUAUUAUCUAAGUUAUGGAUGGUUUUCAUGAAUGGCAUGAGUUUGGAUUCCAUUUUCAUGUUUUGAACUUUUGACCUAGGAGGGAGAAAAUCCCCUUAGAGCCCCUUUCUUGGUGUCUUCGGGUCACUCCUCACCCUAUAUUGUCUGGGUAAUCCCCGAGGGAGUCGAUUGGAUAGAGCUUCUACAAUAUAGGGGUGCCCUGGGUUGAAUAGAGCACCACCCGUCCAUCACUUCACCGUUUCGGGUCUGUCCUGAGGGAGUUCAUCUCCUAACGGUAGGGUAGUGAUUCGAUCGAGCUAGGAGGACACCCAACAUUGAUCCUACGACAGAUCUAGGAGGAUUCAACCCAAGAGAGCUCCCAAACAUGUAAAUAGCUAGGUUAGUGGUUAUCUAGGUUAGUUAGUUUAAUUCUCUUAACCACUAUCCUAGGUUGGCUAGAUAACGAACCCCAAACCUGAAGUAGAGUAAGCCAAGAUCCCCGUGGUAUGAUACAUUAUUAUUUCUUGCUUGCCCUAAUGCUACAUUUGGUUGACGGUUAUACUUGGUCGUCGAUCGGGGUGUUGUAGUUGGAACGAGUCAAGCCUUCUCCCAAGAUACGAGAUUGCAAAAUCGAUUCCAUCUUACGCAAGUAAAUCGACCUAGUUGGUUUGCUUGCUUGAGUUCGAGUUCUUCAAUUCAACUAGAACUUGGCUGCGUGAUUCUGAUUCAUUGAGUAGGCCGAUCUUGCUAAUAUCAAGUGGUAUCAGAGCUUGGUUCAAAAAUAGUGGCGAGAUCAAAAGCACAAUGACUAGUCUAAUCAAGAACAAGGUCCAAGGAUCUGAUUUCCCAUCGAGAACCAGAGGAAGAAUCUCACUAUGAUGAGGAUGUUCAAUUGGACGAGACUACAAUGGAUAAACAAUUGAUCAUGUUCAGAGGAAGAAUCUCACUAUGAUGAGGAUGUUCAAUUAACCACGCAGAUGAGUAAGCUAUUUCAUGCAUAGUUCGAAAAGAUUGAAUAGCAGUUAGAGCAACAAGCGUAAAGGCUUGAUGCCCUGCCGUCGCCGCCGCCGUAGGGGAAUCGUCAGGAUCUGGAAGGAGAACGUGACCAAGGUGAUGCAAACGCCUCUAAUCGUGCUUUAAUGGCGCGAAUCUAGGAGCUAAAGCAUGAGAUGAUAUGGCCUGACACCAAUCCUGGACAGUAGACACAUGAUCGUCGUGAUUACAGAGAGCGGCCACCCGGAAAUAGAUCAGGGAAUCAUUGAUGAAUUACGAGUGCUUAGGCGCUUAAUUCCUUCCUUCCAAGGCACCAACAAUGUUGAUACUUAUUUGGAUUGGGAAAGGAAGAUCAUAUUGUUCUUCCAAUGCGGUAAUUACUCCAAACAACGGAAGGUAAUCUUGGCUACGUACGAAGUUAUGGAUUACGUUGAUCAAUGGUGGAAGCAGAUUCGAUUAUGCCGAAGAAGGGAUUUGCAACCGGAGAUUGCGACAUGAACUGAGCUACGAGGACUCAUGAGUGAGCGAUUUGUGUCAGGUUAUUAUCAGAGUGAGCUGCACGAAUCACUACAAGGGAUUCGCCAAGGAAAUCGGUAUGUUGAUGAUUACUUCAAAGAGCUGGAAUUGCUCAUGAUGUGGCCGAGGAUAAGGAGGCCACGAUUUCAUGUUUUCUUCGUGGCCUGAAUCGUGAAAUCCAUCAUGAAGUUGACCUUCAACCCUUUUUAGAACUUGAGGAGGUGGUUCAUCUCGCAAUUAAAGUUGAGAGGCAAUUAAAGUUGGCUCUGGGAAGACAAUUUCCUUCGGCCACCAAGCUGACCCCAGAGCAAACUGUCAAGCCCAUUAACCACCAGUUUAAGAAAGAUGGCUUCAAGUCUUCAGCUAAAAAUGUCACGCUUGUCCUUCAAGAACGAAAUAGAGGUUCCAGUGGGGAAAUUUAGUGCUUUAAGUGCCAUGGCAGAGGGCACAAGGCAAACCAAUUCCCCAACAUGAAGACUCUGAUUUGCGUGAUGACAAGUACAUCAGUGACGAUGAGGACGAGAAGAAGAACGAUGACAAAUCGUCUGAAGAAGAUGUGGAUGAAGAGAUUGUUGUUAAUGCCCCUACAACUGGAAAAUUCAUGAUGAUGAAUCGGAGGGAUUUAACCAUCGAAGCUCGGGCCUCAAUAGAACAACGAGAUAAUUUGUUUCACUCGCGUUGUCUCGUUAAUGAUAAUUUGUUGUCUCUGAUCAUCGACGAAGGGAGCUGUACGAACGUAUUCAGUGGGGAUGUCGUCAAGAAACUUGGCAUGAGUAGUGUAGGCAUCCAGAGCCGUACAAUUUGUAUUGGCUAAACGAUUAUGGUGCGAUCAAGGUUACCAAACAAGCAAGAGUUCUGUUAGAAAUCGGCAGCUGCAAGGAUGAGCUCUUGUUUGAUGUAGCACCUAUGCAGGCUGCCACUUAUUACUUGGUCGUCGUUGUCAAUUUGAUCGAAAGGUAUGGCACUACGGAGGAACCAAUUGCUAUAAACUAAAGCACGAAGGUUGACAAUAUGUGCUUAAACCGUUAUUGUCGGCUGAAGUUUGACCAAAUCAACAACAAUUGAUCGCAAAUCGAGCCAAGGAACUAGGGGAAACAAGUGGUUUGAAGAAUGAAGUAAGUUUUGUAGCCUAGAAGUUCAUGUUAACAACGAUCGCCUUAGAACCUCGAGACGAGCUGGUGUGAAGAUACUUUGCUCGUCGACGGCGACGAAACAGGGCAAGGGAGAGGGUGAAUGUGGUUUACAAAGUAGUGACUAAAUGGUUAGCGAAGGAGGUAAAACUGUUCAUGUUGGAGCUUGUGAACGAGACCCAGACUAGUUUCAUCUUGAAGAGACAUCACAGAUAAUAUUUGCAUUCUACAAGAGGUCAUUCACUCUAUGUGAGCAAAACAUGGGGAUAUACCCUAAAUGGUAGAGAAGUGGAUCUCGUCAAAGCCUACAACAUGGUCAAAUGAGAUUUUCAAUGAGGAAUUUGAGGUCAAAUCCCUCGAAAUGAAUUUCCCCAUCAAAACAUCCUUUUUAUCAAUUACAUCCCAUGUGAUGCUCUUAAUCGCCCAACAAUAAUUUGUAAUUCUAAUC